AAAUUGAUCAUCAUCUGUGUUUUUUAACAUUUUAUCAAUUAUACUAUCAUGAAGAAAACUGGAUUUAGAAUCCCAAAAAGGCUUCAAAAGGAAGUAGCCUCAUCUCCAUCUCCUUCAUCAUCUCCGCAAACCGCUGAGGAAUAUGUAGAACAGGGAGCAAUGGAUGAAGAAUCUGGAGAUCGUUGGAUCGGUUCUGAUUUAUCAAAAGGUUUAAGAUUUUUCCAAAAGGCUUAUAUUUCAUAUUCGAAAGCAAUUCAGCUUUCUCCUAAAGGUUAUUUGGAUAGUUAUUACAAUGCAUGCAGACUUUUAUUCCAUGUUUAUAACAAUUAUGUCAAACAAGAUGGGGUCAACGUGUAUACCUUGGUGAAUGUAAAUGAUGCCAUCAGUGGGUCAGAAGAUGCCGUCGUGCAACCUCUUGGAAAUAUAGUUGCAGCUCAUGAACGUGCAAUUCAAAUUGCCAUGAACUCAGCUAUUUCAAUCCCAUUGGAUUUAUUAUUUAACACAGCAUUGGUUUAUACUGAACAAAUUGAAGAUUUACAAAAUCAAAUCGAUGUGCCCUUUGAAGAAGUCUUAAAUUUAAGCUCAAAGACUCAAGAAUAUUUCCAAGAGUUAUUAAAUCAACAAACUAAAUCAUUUCAAAAAUUCCUUAAAGAUCUUGAGGAUAUUGAUAAUGAAGAUGAAAUAUCAACAACAGCAAUUGAAUCCGAUUCUGAAACAAAUGAAUUUGAAAGUGAAGAAUCACUUCAACCAAAUGAUGUUUAUGAGACAGUGAUAUCUGCGUUUAAAUUAGUUCAGGCUACAUUGGAAAACAUGACUUCAUCUGAACCAUAUCAAUUGGAAUCAGCUACUCAAUUAAUGCAACCAUUUAUAAUUUCUUUUGAAGAAACUGCACAAGAAUUGACUGCUAGAUUUUCUGAAACCAAUAAUACAAACUCAAUGAUUCAAUCUAUUUCGAACGAACAACAGCAAGAGAUGCAAUUGAUCAAAAGUUCUAUUGAAGGACUUACCACUAAUGAUUUGGAACGCUUAGUAUCCAUUUGGAAUUCCGAUACCUUACCAAUUUCUCCUGAACGAUACAUGUGUACUGCUGAUAAUAUUCAAAGUUUUUUGGAUAGAAAUGAUAUAAAUUUAGAAACCAUUUCAUCUGGUCAAUAUAAUCCUGAAAUAUUAUGGAAUGCGUUAUCCAAGAUGACAACAAGUUAUAAAUCUGCACAAGAUCUUUUAAAUUUAAAACUACAAGAAAUCAAAAAGACUCAAGUUAGUGGGAAUGAUCUCGGAGUUGGUGCCUUGAUUGGCCAAAUCAGUGACGUUGUUAUUGCCAGAUCUGAUAUUGAUCUUCAAAGAUCACAGAUUGGAAAUUAUGAACCUGCUAUCAAGAAUCAACAAAUUCUCUUUCAAAAUUGUAAAACAUUUUUGAAAAGUGCUGCAAAUAUUGCUAAUACAUCUGGAGGUUUAAGAGAAAGAGCUGCAGAAAAAUUAUUAAGAGAAAAGCGUAAAGUUGAAGCAGUUUUGAGACUUUGUGUGUUGGAAAAUAAGACUACUAUACAAGAACUUGACAACAUUAUAGGAAGACAAAGAUGGGUGGUUGAACUUCCAUAUCUUUCAGAGAUGGGAUACUUUAAAAAUUUUGGAAUUGAUCAAAUUAUUAUUCCUACUGAAUUCUAA